UGAUCUAUACGUCCGAAGCAUAUCGUCAGUUAACGAAAUAUGCUAUGCAAUUCGACACAGAUCUGGUGGUGCGGCAGCGUUGGUCCGACCCUAGCAUGGAGUACACGAUGCCGACGUCUUACGACCAAGAGUACAUCUCCGGCGACGACGAGAUGGCGUCGCACAUCUGGCGCUCGGACAUGUUUCUCGCUAACUCUAAGCGCGCCUACACGCACCUCAUCACGCAGCCGAACACGCUGUUGUGGCUCUACCCGAAUGGCACGGUCAUGUGCAACGUUAGGAUCUCCUCUACGUUUAUGUGUCAGAUGAAAUUGGAGACUUUUCCAUUCGACACGCAGUACUUCGGAAAAACCCCACAAACCGGCAAUGGACAUUCCAUGUUCGUGUGGAAGGAACCGAUGAUCCGAUUGACGUCAACAGAAAGAUUCAACUUCCGCGCAGAGCACUGUGGUUACUUAAAGUCAGCCAGCAUCUUUGACAACAUGAACGAAGCACAGAUUUUUGACUAUCUUCUACAGAGAGGUUACGAUAAACGGGUGAUGCCCAAACUUCCGUCAGUAAAACGACUGCGGGUUAUCGACGUAAUUACACACGUAAAACAUGCGGAGCGUCGGUUUCUUCCGUUUCAUGGCGUCGGACACACGGACAAGGACAUCCAGUUCGUGUGGAAGGAACCGAAUCCGAUUGACGUCAACAGAAGGAUUCAACUCCCGCAGUACAAGUGGCCGGAAGCGGAAACCAUCAACUGCUUCAACCCUCACUGGACCGGUAACUUCAGCUGUCUGAAGCUGCAGUUUAAGUUCGAGCGUGAGUUCGGCUACCACAUGUCGCAGAGCUUCGCCCCCUGUGCGCUACUCGUUGUCUGCUCGUGGGUUUCCUUCUGGCUUAGCGUCGACGCUAUACCAGCACGAACGGCUCUCGGUAUCACGACGUUUUUGACGAUCUACACGCAAAGCUCCGGCGUUCGCUACACGCUGCCGCCUGUCUCCUACACGAAGGCGAUCGACAUCUGGUUUAACGUCUGCACGGUGUUCAUCUUUCUCACGCUAGUCGAGUUCGCACUCGUUAACUACGUCUCAAGGCACUACAGCAGGCCGAGUCCGAAGCGCACUCUGUCGCGGUGUGAGAGGCACUAUGCGAUGAAGCACUGUAUGCAUUUUUACAGGGGAUGGUUAUCGUUCUCGAAAGAAGGCCCUGUUAUGGAGCGGUUUCGACAAGUUUUCGGAGGUCAUGCAACCGUUGAUUGCAUAUUCUUCGACCACAUCAAUAUUAUCUUUGAGAAUGAGCUUUACUUUUACCAGAGCCUCCUCCGAGACUACCAAGCUCUAUUCGUGUCUCGGUUAUGGUUCCCCAACAUUCUGGGUCAAGCUCAUCCUAACAUCAAAGACAUCCUAAACCCGGGAAUUUGCGGACAAGAUUGCGAUACUAUUCCCGCCCUUACUACUGCCAGGAUUUUUUGUCCAAUGACAGACGCCGCUAUGCCAGAGCAGAAUAGUGCACCGCAAGUCCAAUGGAAACCUGGAACGGAUAUUGUCAAUGCUCUCUACGCGCUCUGCAUAUCCAAUGGAUCGGACCGACACGACCAAUCCAAGGAACGACCUUCAAGGCAACAGCCAUUGGAGAUGGAGCGGCGCGACGCAUUCAAGGCAGUGAAUCAACCUCCGUUGAAGUCACCAAAUUAG